GCUGAUAAAAAAACAGUAUACGGAGAAAUAUCACGUCGUUGCUAACCAGCAGUUGAAUUUGUAAUUUGUUGCAAAAACAAAUCAGUCAGUUACUUGAAGUCAACACUCGGCGUGUAGAUGUGACAGUUCGUGCGAAGUGUAGGCAGCAGAACAUGUUCGCCUGAAGUGUCAGCAAAGGUUAGAAUGCUCACACACAUUGACCAGCUAACGCAGCUAGCAUAUCCCGUCUAUUUUCUGAUCUUAAUUAAACUGACAUGCAAUGUAAGAGAAUGAAUACUAAGACAUGUUGUCAUUUAAGCAAUUGUCUAAGUCACAUCCAGUCUUUUCGGACGUUAGCCUGCUUUAGCUCGCUAGAUGUCCGACAUUCCGUACGAAGAUAAAUAAUAACGGAAUUCGCGAGGCCUUAAUCUUGGUCAAAACAAGGCAGAGUCGCGUCGCGCACUACUGCGUUUAAUUCGACGAAUAAGCGGUCUCAGUAACGGUUGACCACAAAAACCAAUGCAUUAAACAAGAUUAGAAAUACGGAAUGUAAUUUUCAUUUUGUCUUACCUGUUAUGUGCGUGAUUUAAAUGUAGAGCAUUCCUAUUUUUCUGUAAGAGUUUUAUAUAAAAUAUAUGCAUUGCAUGUAAUUAUUAUGUAUCUAUAUUAAUCUUUAUACUUAUGUCACAUUACAGUAAUAUUGCUAUUCUUUGUGUUUUGCUAUACACUUACUGAAAUUUGAUUAUUGCAAAUAGUGGCUGGUGGCCCAUAAUACCCAGGUGUUCUCAAACCUCUCCUUGGCGCCCUCAGCCGUUCCAUGUAUUACCACCGCCAGAGGUGGUCCCACUGACAAAGGAGAUGUUUUAGGCUGGCGAGGGGUGCCGAAAUAAUUUCCCACGAAGGCAACAUCAUGGUUAUUAAGCUGCAAGGCAGGAAUAAGCCCAACCAGGAGUUACACGUUUGAAGAACAUAUCAAUUGUGAUUUUUUUUAAUCAAAACACUCAGUUCAUUUGACUAGCAUGCAAGAAGAUGGGAGUUUGACACAAAUUGUGCGAUAAAAUCAAAAACUUCCAGCCUGUGUUUUUGUGAGAAAUGUCACUUUAUGGCCACCAAUUUUGCAGAAUAAACCAGUCAUGGAGCGUGAGGCGAUAAUGAGAUUUUACUGCUUUUAUUGUAACCAUGUCUCAUACAGCGAGGCUGAACUAAACCACCAUGUCGAACAGCACCACAGAGUGCAACCCUUCAAAUGUCAGCUCUGUGAUUACAGAGCUGCAAUUAAAGAAUAUGUUGAAAUGCAUAUGAAGCAAAUGCACAGUACAUCUGUAGAGAAAAGACCCAGUCUGAAUGUCUGCAGAAACAGUAAACCUGCCUCUCUCCCCCGUGCUUUGCCCAGGGAUUCUACAACUGUGGGAUACACCUCUGGGAUGUUAAAUGCAAGGGUUGCACCAUUGCGCACUAGGAAUAACAUGACCAGAGUGAAUGACGAAAGGCCAAUGGAUGGGACAGUAAAUGCAAGCCUAUUGCCCAAAGUGGAGGUAGAGUUGUUGGCACCUUUAAAUGAACCGAUACAACACAACAGGCCUUUGACUGUUUCUUUCCCCGAAGAGGGGACCAUACCCCCUGGCUGCCUUGUGGAGCUUGUUGAGGUGAAAACAGUCAAUGGGACCAAGGAACUCAAGCUGAGACUCGUCCCCCAACAAUCUUAUGGGUCUGUAGCAAAAGACUGUAGGGCCACAACCUCACAAAAUACUGCUAUGGGAAAGUCGGCUAUGUUCAACAGCACUCCAAAUGGAGACAAGCCAGUGCAAAAUUGUACAGCCCAUAUAUCAACACCGCAAAUAUAUAACCCUGAGAAAAACUUAAUAACAACUGCCCUCUACACAAAUGGAACACGACUGAAAAAGCCUUCUGGAGAAUUUCUGCCCCCUAUGAAAGAUGAGCGAAAGGAACAUUUUAAUCAGCCAUUUGGGAUAAAGGAAGAAGUUAAGGUAGAGAACUUUGAUUCUGAGAAAAAAUCUCAAAACUCAAUUUCAUUUCCACCUGUAUUAAGUGUGUCCAGGAUGGAACAAGGUGAAGGCAACUCCUUGCCUUCAGUUUGUAUGGAUCAAGGUGUUCUUGAUGCAAAGUUACCUCUUGUCUUGGGCACCCCUAAAAGUAGCCCACUGGUAAUCCCCUCCCAAAAAAAACAACCUAAAGAGGUUAAGACUGGUCAUGUUUCCGACACAAACAACUCUGGGUGGAAUCAGUCAGAUGAUCCAUUAGUUAAUGACUUUCCAGGACCCAAAGGGUUUCCAGUAAUUUCCGCUGUAUUUUCUCUGAGUAACCCUCAACUUUUGGCUGGGGCUCUUCGAAGCAUAGCUGUGGGUAACAAUAUGCCCUCAGGAACUGGAGAGCAGGGGAAUGCCAAGAAUUCUUUGGUUCUCACUAGUUCUAAGAUGACAACUGUGGUUAAUGGGCCUGAACACAAGGUAAAGACCACCAAAUGUUUGUCUGCUGCACAUAAGUCGCUUAAGACUGCAAAAGCCUGUCACCAGGUGGAGACUGCUGACGAGGUUGAUCAGUGUUCCACACACACCCAAUCACUAACUGGAAAUGCUUUGGAACUGAAGAAGGACAAGCACAGUGUCACGUUAAAGCUCCAACGGAAAACUGUUUUGAACUUAAACACAAGUCCUCCAAGUGUAGCCAAAAAAGGAGUUAUGACAAGGGACACUUGGAUUGGCCAAAUUGACACUGGAAAAGCGUCUGUCCUGCGCUGCACAGCAAACAAGAGGGACAUUUCUGGCAAGUUCUCAUCAUCUUUAAAGCUAUCACUGAAAAGGAUACGUGUAGAAGUGGACAAUGAAAAGCUAAGUCCGCAGAUUAGCAGUCUUCAGCGUUGCACACCUGAAUCAAACAAACAAAACAAGAAAAGGAAAAGACAAGCUUCAUCUUGGUCAAAUACUUUUGCACAUGUUUUAGGAACCACAGGGGACAUGGUGUUCCUCUGUCCAACUCCACUAAAAGAGGACCAGCUGGUGAAACAACCAGGCCCUAACCAACCCGUUGUGGUUCUCAACCAUCCCAAACCACAGGUUAUUAGAGGGCGUGUAGGUAUGGAGACAAUUACAGAAGAUGGACCAAUUUGUCACAUAAUGAAAAUGAAGUUGAGCAAAGUCAUGGGACAGAAGUAUGAGGUGAUAGGAUGCACUGUUGCCUCCCACUAGGAUGAUGGCAAUGUGUCAUGGAAAAUAAUUAUUCAUUCGCUUGGGACAAAACACUAAAACAUCAAAGAGGUUGAAGCAUUGCAUCACCAUUAAUGAUUUACUUUAAUGGUCUUCGACUCUCCCGAGCUUCCAAUGCGUUGCUACAAUGAGGCAAGGCCAUAAUAACGAAUUGUAUACCACAAAAUUGUGAGAAAGGUGUUCAUUAAACUGUAAACCGACCGUGUAUGGCUACAGGGGUUUUCAAAGUGUGAGGUGUACCUCCCGAAAUGGGUGCCAGAGAUCUUCAGAGGAGGUGCAAAAGAAAUGGGAAAGCAGUCAUCUAUGUUUUUUUUAAAAUGUUUUUAGAACAAGCUAUUCUCAGAUAAUAUACAUCAUAAUGGUAGAGACAUGUUAUUUACAUGAUUUCAUGGCAGGCAGGUAGUGUUAAUUGUAGAUUAAUUUAUUAACACAGUGCUGGUGAUAAUCCUUAAAAAUGUAACUUGUGAAUAUAUUAAAGUUAUGUACACUUUUUAUUUAAGAAUUCAGUCUUCAAAACAAAAUGCCUCCCAUCAGGCAAUGCUGGAUUAUUAAAUUGAGAAUCCGCCAGUAAAUGCACACAACAAUAGCUAAGAUAAUUGGGGCUAGUCCCUCUUCGCUACAAGCCAAUUCAUUAUUUUGUUUUUCAAUAGCCUACUACAAAAACAUACUUUUAUUUUAAUGCUGGUGAUUUUGUUUGAUCACAUCAUGCACACAUUUAUUAGUCAUGUCAGUUGGGAAACCCACAUCGAAUCAAGAAAAACUGCUUGAAUGAGUCAGUGUCACUAGUAUGUCUUUGGACUGAUCUUCUACUGUACGAUCUGCCAUUAGCAAGUUCAUUGGCCUAUUCAGAAUGUUCCUUUAUUGAAUCAGUUUGUUAGUCUCAUCAUUUGUGUGAAAGUUUAUCAAAAUUCAUUAACCUUUGCAGUUUUGGAAAAACACAAAUAAAUGCAAAUAUGGUUAUAGAAAAAGCUUUUUUUUAGGGCUGCAAAUAUGCAUGCAAUGCCCUGAACGUUGUGACAUCUCAUGAAGUACCUUUUGUGUGUUCAUGUUGUGUUCAUACACAUUUUUGCAUUUGCAGUCAGCUUCUGAUAUCUACCUUGUUAUGGGGUCUGUCAACAAUCUCUGAAGGUAAGGAAGGACUGAUGUCUCAGACUUUGAAAACACCUAGCCUACACUUCAUAUUGCCUAACUUGUAAGUUCUAAGAUAAUGAAUGACUGGACCCUAUUGAAAAUCAAGUGGGCUGUCAGGCAUGUAUCAUCAGCUUGUACAAUUAUAUAUUUUGCUGGUUGCAGUGUAAAUUGGAUUGCAGAUGUGAAUUAACAGAUUUGUAGAUAUUGUCUGAUGGAUGAACAUUUCACUGCAACUGCUAGUAACAAUUUUUUUGUAAAACAAAUAUAGCAGAAGAAGCUACCUGUUACCAGUGAAUAAAUGAAAAUUAAAAUCAACAUUUGAGCGUUUAUAUGCUAGUCAGGCAUUUACUGUAUUCAGAAGAUUAUGCUACCGCGUAACAUCUACAUGGAAUGUUCAUGCUCAACCUAAUCCUUUGAUCCCUUACACCCACUUUUUGUGUUCUAUUAUUUGGAGUUACAUUGUUACAUUAUCCAUCCUCAGUGCCAUUUUAGAUUUUGCUUAGUAUUGUGGUUGCCUAAUGGGACAUUCUGCAAUUGAAACAAUAAUGAAGCUUUCUCGUGCCACUUUAAAUUUCAAGUGAGGUAUGGGGCUAAAGUUAUUUAACCACUCAUUCGUAGUGCUGUGGAUGCAAUAUAUUGAUUCAUACAUUAAAAUCCUAGUUACAAACAUGUUUUCAGACUGCAUGUUUUCAUUUGCAUUAAAUCAAUAGGGUAUCAUGUUCUAAUAGGGUAUUAUGUUUGAACUCAUUAAGCAUUUAAAAAUAUGUAAAUGUAACAUGAAACAAUGGAAAUCAGUUGGCUGAAAUUAAUUAAUUUGGCCCUAAUAUAUGGAUUUGGAUGAUAGAGAUAUGCAUUUGUUGGUUGAUUUUGAGAUCUUUUAUCAGCUCAUGAAACAUGGGACCAACAUGUUGCUUUUAUUUUCUUUUCAAUAUAUAACGUAUUUCUCACAAAUGUAUUUGUUCUCUAUGUCAGUCAUUUAUUGUCUGAACUGUUCAGUAUCAGAACUGCUUCCUCAAUCAUUUCAAUAUUUCUUUUUAUGUAAGUGUCAGAAAAGUUGUUUUUGGUAUUGCCUUAAUCAUAUGGUAUAUGGAGUUAAAUGUUGUGCUGAUCUUUGAAUGUUGUCUGGGUACUUUUUUCCCCAUCCUUUUAGGUGUUACUUUUGACAAUGAAAUGUUCUUAUGCUGUCAUUUUUUUUUUUAUCUUCUAAUGUAUGAUGUAUUAUCUUAUGUGCCAUUUUAAAUAAAGAUUUUUUUAAUACAU